UAAUGUAUUCAGAUAAGAGAAAACACAUUUAAAGAGAUGUGCAUGCCAGAAGAGUUAGAUACUCUGUACCAUCGAGAUUUUUCCACGGAAAUCUUUGAAUGGAGGGUGAAAAUGAGAAGCCUUAGAUAUUUAAGCAAUGCAAGAGAAGAAUAUAGUGACCACACAUCAGUUUCUGGCGAAAGACUGGAUGUGGGUUUAAUCAGAUUUGAAAGAACCUGUGAAGAAAAUUUAAAUGCAUACCUGGCAUCCAUUGAAAGAGGAAUGGUGCCUGGUAAGGGGUUGUCUUUAACGCCAGUAUUUACAACACCCCUUGAUCGUACAAAGUUUCAUGCUAUUGAAAAAAAGACCAAACAACAGAUAACGAGCAUUAUAGAGGAAGGCAUCAGUGACAUUCACAAACAUGGCAACACUGACGAGGCGUUUGUUUUAGAGACUCAGUGGCAAAAAUAA